CAACUACCUUCUUUACCUUCAACAGUAAUCAAAACAUGCUCACUCAAGUCGUUUGGAUUGAAAUGAUCACGAAAGAGGACAAAUUUUGAAAGAAGACAUCAGGAAAAAAAGGCACAAUGCGGGACAUGCUGGAGAGGCUGCGAAAUGUGAGUGAGGAGCAGGAGGAUAUCCAGGACUUUGAAUAUGACGACAAUAAGCUAAAACAUGAUCAAGAGGCAAUAGUGUUUGAGAACUCCUCAGAAAUCGAGAGCAUCCUGAAGGAAGCCCAAUCCAUACGCAAGGAGAUCUCCAUGCUCCUCUUGGAGGUGGAGCGUCUGAAUAAAAACAAUGAACGCUUUCGCACCACAGUCCGCCAAUUCACUGUACUCAAAAAGGACGCGGAUGCCAUUGCCAAGGGGAUACAGAAAAAUGGGCAGGACUUGCACUCUCGCCUGCUGGCGCUGAGAGAGAAGAGCAAGAAGCUGGAGACCAAAGAGGGGCCAAACUCAGCAGCUGGCCGCAUCGCCUGCAUGCAGUACGACUCGCUCAUCUGCGCCUUCCAAGCUGCCAUGGGAAGCUACAACCAGGCGGAGGAAAUGCAGAGGACCAUUUGUAGGGACCGAAUCAAGCGACAGGCCUCCAUAUUAGGGACUAAAAUCUCUGACAAGCAGCUGAACGACAUCGUGGACAAAGGAUGUGAAGGCUGGAGCGAGUUGUCCCACAGCCUGCAGACACAAGCGAGUCACUCAUCCCGCUGGGCACUGUGCGAAAUCAAAGACCGACACAAGGAGCUAGUGGCGCUGGAGGGCAGGCUCAAGGAAGUCCAUGAACUGUUCCUAGAAAUGGCUUUGCAAACGGAAGAGCAGUGCAGCAUGCUCAACAACAUUGAGGCCAACGUAUGUAAAUCUCAGGAGUAUACCCAGAAAGUCAACGUCAAUCUCAGGAAGGCCUUAAAGUGCAAGAGAAAAAACCCUUGUCAGACAUUUUGUCCAUGUUUUAUGUGUUGGAGAACAUAAAGUCUCUUUUGGAAGAUUCAAAGAAUGUAGUUUUUCCACAGCCAUUGUUGAUACACACCUCUCAAUCAAUAUACAGAAAACAGAAAACUACUGUAAUAACCGGAUGCAAAAAUAAGGAGUGCAAUAUUGGGAUAAUGCAAUACGGGAGGUGUGCAAUACGGGGGGAGUGUAAUGUGUGAUCUCAUAACUAACUGAUAUACGUUUUUACCUGCGCACUGUUCACUGUCGUCACUGUAUUGUCGGAUGAACUGUAUGUAUGUAUGUAAAACGCUGUGUCUUGAUGUCCAAGACAAAUUUGUCCUCAGAGACAAUAAAACUAAUUAUUAUUAUUAUUAUUAUUAUUAUUACUUGUCAGGAGUUGGCCGAUAGCAGGGUUUUUCAACUCCAUUGUUCUGGAGACCCCAUUUUCAGGAAGCUAAGGAUCCUUGACUUUUACUGUAUAACCAAAAGGCUCAUAUUCAGUCAAAAAUCAAAGUCAGUCAUGAAUAAAAACAGAAGCACUUGGUUAAUAGUAGUCAAAGAUCCUCUAUAUGACUGUAAAACUGUACUGCCGUUAAGGACCUAUUGCAAAAACACUAGUCAAGGAUCUUUUACGGUAAAUGACAGGAGCUGCUCUUUUUUUAGGAAUAUUUUGCGAAAACACCAGUCAGAGAUCUUCUAUGUAAUAGGACUGCUCUGCUGACCAAAUAUCCUUUAUGAAAGGAGUGUUAAACUCUUUUUAAGUACCCAACGCAAAGAGGGUCGUUAUAGAUCCCUUGUGUAAUAGGAGUGCUCUUCUUUUAGAAGUCUACAGCAAAAACGUUAGUCAAAGAAAACCAAUUUGACAGGAUCAUGCUGCUGUUUUACCUGUUGCAAAAACACCAUUAAAAUAUUUUCUCUGUGACAGGAGUGGUUUUGCUGUUUUCAGGAAUCCCCUGUAAAAACACAAGUUAAAGCUUUAUACAAGAGGAGCGCGUUGUGUUUUUUUGGGAAUCUAUCGUGUUAGUCAAAGAAACUUUAUAUGACAAGAUCAUGCAGGUGUUUUAAGUACCUACUGCAAAAACACUAGUCAAAUAUAAAUAUCUUCUGUCUGACACAAGUGCUCUGCUGGUUUUAGGAAUCUACCACAAAUAUUCUAGCCAAAGUUCCUCUGUGUGUUAAUGUACUGCUUUUUUGAAUCUACAUAUAAUACUUUCGUCACAGAAACUCAAUAUGACAGGAACACGCUGCUGUUUUUAAGUACCUAUUGCAAAACCUAUUGCAAAAACAACAUCCAAAGUUCCUCUGUGUGACAGGAGUGCAGUGCUGUUUUGAGAAAUACCCAGCAAAAACACUUGUUAAAGGCCUACUGAAACCAACUACUACCGACCACGCAGUCUGAUAGUUUAUAUAUCAAUGAUGAAAUCUUAACAUUGCAACACAUGCCAAUACGGCCGGGUUAGCUUACUAAAGUGCAA